UACCCCGGCUGGAGUGUUUAUAUGGGAAAAUUUUCAUCCCGGUUACCGAGAUCUCUGUCGCAAAAACCGAGAUCUUGGUAACCCGGUCAGCCCGGCUUCUCAUAUGAACACAUCGAAAUGUUCAGGAAGGAAAGAGUGACGAAGCGAGAUCUUGGAAACCGAGCCAGCCCGGUUGACCGGGCUCAUAUGAAGAGGCCUUUAAAGACGUUUUUGGAUCAAGAAGAGAAAUAAAUAAAAAUAAUCGUGGCUUAUCAACCAUCUGUUUAUAAAUAUAACAGGGGCCUUGGAAAAAUGUAGCUCAAUAGCUGAGCAGGAGACGACCUGCUACGUAUACCUACCCAAUUUUUUUUAUAUUGAGUGGACCAAAACAUCAUUAAGUAUCAUGGUGUUGGCUCACCGGCUCGAGCAGGCAAAACUUAAGUUAUCGGGAGGCUCGAAAAAUCGAGGGUUCGAGAAAUGGGGAUUCCACUGUAAGUUACUUUUCAUCCCUUCAAAACCCGAAGCUCGUUUCUUAGUAAACGUUAUGUUCAAGAGCGGGGAAAUAACAACCAAUGAACUAGGCUUACGAUUAUUGUGUCGUUGGAACAAUUGAAAUCUACUGUUUCACCGAAAACUGUUCCGUAACAAUAAAUGGCGUUAACCUCCCGAAAAUAAGCCUGGGAUUAUCAGUCUGUUACAAUCUUGAAACUCAGUGGACUCAAGACUAUAUAGGGUCUAAAUAGGAUUGCGCACCACCCGCGGUAACCUCAAUAUCAGGCCAUUCUUAGCAAGAGCGUAGGGGAAGGGGGGAAUUGCCCGGGUGCUACCUCCUCCUAGCCCCCGAGUAAGAGGAGCCUGGUACUCAGUCUACUCAGGCUAACACCAGGGGGCAUCUAACGGAUAAAUUAUGGCUUUAACUCCCUCCGAUUUUCUUACAAUUAUAACCUGGAACUUUUGUAAUAUCAAAAAUUUAAUGCCGGCUGUUUUCGGAGUCAUAAAAAUGUCCAGUCGUCGUUUUGGUUAUCGAAAAUGGUCAGCUAUGAUUUUCGGAAGGUUUUCGGGAAAUAGAAAAAAAUGCUAAUAAUUUCGAGAGGACUCAAGGUUCCCUAGAAUGACCGAACAGAUAAAAGUUUUAUAGCACAGUCUAAAAUUAAUUUAGCUACACUGGUUUGAAUAAUCAAUCCAGUUACAAUAAUUCGCCAAAAAGGCCAAAUAAGAAGCACUUGGAAGAUCUUGGAAAUGUGGCACCGUCGGCGCCGCACGAGGAGGGAAGCUGGGAACCAGGCGAGGAGAAAUUUGAAGUCGUUACUUCCUGUAGUUUCUGAUUGGUUUAUUGCGAAUAAAAGACUGUUUGUGAUUGGUCAACUUUGCACGCCCGGUAUUUUCAAUCGGAGUUCGAUCGAUUCCAGUUACAUUUCACUGUCAAACAUCUGAACUCGGUGCUCAACUCGAGAAGAUGUAGCGACAUUUCCUUGCAAGAAAAUACCAUCGGCCUAGCAUAACACCGUGGACUGAAGCAAGACCGUCUUUCUGUUAGAGUCCAGUAUCGAACGAAGUAGAACCUUGUUUACACCAUGUUAGAACCGAGGUUAACGCCGAGCAAAGAAAACUGUCAACUCGUCAACAAGGUUCAUUCGAAACGUGCUCAAUGGUACAGUCCUUGCAAGAAUUCUCCUAAAAUACCUCUUUCUCCAGAGCCUGAUGCACCGACUCUUAAACUAACUCACUUCGCCACCAUUCCUAAGAUAUCAUUUGGAACUGUGAAUGUUGGAAGCAGUAAAACAGAGACAUUCGUCGUAUUAAAUCCACAUCCGAUGAGUCAAACGUUGGAGAUAGUAAAAUGUCCAACGGAUAGAGGUUUUACGUUAGAUCUCAAUGACACUGGCAGCAGCGAGAAUUGCCAACCGAAUUUUGUCUCGAUCCCACCAAAGGAUGAGAUGUACUUUUCUGUUAAAUGGGAGCCAAAAGAGAGUGGCAACUUUCGUGAGAUUAUUCGAUUCAAAUGGGAGAAUUCUCCUUGUCUUCAAGUUGUGGUGUUUGGGGCAGCUUUAGGGCCAAAGAAAGCGAGAUCUGCGCCCAAAAGUAACUUCAAGAAAUCCCAGGUAAUUAAGAAAAAUCCCAAAGCUGUACUCCAACCAAGUCAAGCUCUAAAUACUUGUCAUGUUAAGGCAAGUGGCAUCACAGUGUUUGAGGACAUCAACACACAGGUAUUUGCUUCCAAGAAUGUGCCUGUGGAACAUCCAUCUGAAGUGGAUUUGUGCCGUGACACCUAUCUUGUCACAAAUGGUGCAAAACGCCAGCCAAAUUGCAAGGCCAAAGUAAAACCAUCAACUCCAAAAGUUUCAAAGCUGAUAAGCAAGCCCAUUACUGGAAAAACAAAGAAAACAGUGGUAUCAAAGAAGAAAGUUUCUCCUAUUUCAGGAACAUUGAAAAUGAAGCCUAAGCCAAAGGUGAAGUUAAAAGUUGCAGCAAAAGGAAUACCACAGAGAAAACUGCAACUGGUUAAAACUCCCAGGACCAACCUUCCACGACAUCCGAUGCCUUUUGCAGCAAAAAACAUGUACUAUGACGAGCGGUGGAUUGAAAAACAAGAAGAAGGUUUCACCAAAUGGCUGAACUUUGUCCUAACUCCACCUGAUGCAACAGAUUCUGGCACUCAAGCUGAAUAUGAUAAAGGAAAUGUCAUCCUUGGAGGAACUAAGGCCAUAAAGAAGUCCCAACCUUUGGCUCCCACAAGAGAGGUCCUCUCCUUCAGGACCUAUACUGCUAGACGUAAGAUGGCCCGUUUACGAAGAUCUGCUUGUCUGCUGUAUCAGUCAGAACCCCUAGGGCAUGUCAUUUGCAAGAUAGAAGCUGAAGUGGAAAAUGGACGGCUAGCUAUUAGACCUGACAAAAAGCUACAUGCUGAUUUAGGAAUCAAACAGCAGGUUAUUGACAUGAUCCUCUCUUAUAACACAUUGUGGCUGAGAAUUGGACUGGAGACCAUAUAUGGUGAAAUUUUACCCAUUUACUCCAAUAAUGACGUAGCAGGUUUGACGCAUUUCCUCAGUAGUCGAUUACUUGGUAACCCGGAUAUUGCUAGGGCGUUUGCUCAUCCACAGGUCCCAGGACUGUGCCGGGAAGGUUAUGUAGAACAGCUGGGCAAGUUUACUCUAAAGAAGUUUCUUUUGUUGGUGUUGUUCUUGGAUCGCGCUAAGUUGACUCGGCUUAUCGAUCACAACCCAUGCCUCUUCAACAAAGAUGCGUCUUUCAAGUCAAGUCGCAGUCUUCUACUAACGUUCUCUCGUGAGUACCUCAAAGGAGAAGGAGACGUUACGAAGCACUUGAGCUUUCUGGGGUACUCGGUUACGCAUUCUCAGAGAGCAAUUGAUGAGGUUGAUUAUGCCGUGAAGAACAUCGCCAUAGAUCUCCGAGAUGGUCUGCGCUUAACACGCGUGGCGGAGCUUUUGACUCAAGAUUGGCAGUUAUCGGCAAGUCUCCGUGUUCCAGCCAUCUCCAGAUUACAGAAAAUACACAACGUCGACGUCUUCAUAAACGCGUUGAAAGAAAGAGGUGUUCUUGUCGGAGGAGUUAAAUGUGGGGUUAUUGACGCGCGCCAUGUUGUGGAUGGACACAGAGAGAAAACACUCGCUUUACUGUGGCAGAUUAUUUUUCAUUUCCAGGUCAAUGUGCUUCUUAGCGAAAAACUGCUAAAGGAGGAAAUAGCUCACUUGGAGAGUACCAGGCUUCUCCGCGUUCAGUUAACUGCUGCAGACAACUGGGCCGACGGAGACAAUACAGAUUUCGCGGGGAAACGCCGUGACUCGUCAGACCUGUAUUUCCAGUCAGAUCGGCUGCGCUUGCUCUUCAAAUGGUGUAAGAUAGUCUGCAGACUGUACGGUUUGAAGAUCGAGAAUUUCACUGUCUCCUUCUCGGACGGUCGUGCACUCUGCUACCUACUUCACCAUUAUCACCCUUCACUACUCCCCCGGUCACUUGUCAAAGAACAAACAAGUCUGACCUGCAAUCCGGGGGUACACGACACGAGUGACAGCGAGGGGGAAGAAGGAAUGAAUGUGAAAUCGUGGACGGCGACAUUUAGCCCAGGUUCUGGAACGAACGUACUUCUAGAGGAAUUGAAAAACAACGAGCGCGAGAAUUUCCGCACAAUGGCGGAGAAGGUACAAGAACUGGGUGGUGUUCCCUUGAUGACAAAGGCCUCGGACAUGUCUUACACAAUUCCCGACGAGAAGGUUGUUAUUACUUAUGUGGCGUAUCUCUGCGCGCGUUUGUUAGAUCUUCGCGAGGAAACGAAGGCCGCGCGCUGCAUUCAGAUGGCCUGGAGACGACAUCGACUUAGAAGGCAACUGGAGAGGAAAAAGAACGUUGCACGGAUAGUAGUUUUCAUUCAGGCACAAGCCAGAUCCGCUAUGGCACACCGUAGAUUUCAAGCCGUAAGGAAAUCCGCUGUCCUCAUUCAGUCUGUGUACCGUGGUCACCUAUUUCGCAAACAACUUCGCGAUCGUCACCAAGCCGCUCGGUGCAUCCAGACUCACUACCGGGCCUUUAGAAAAGGCCGAGAGGUCCUGGACUGGUACAGAAACUUCCGUCAAACUGUUGUGCGACUACAGGCUAUCGUUUUGGCCAAUCAGAAAAAACGACACGUAAAAAGAAACCAAGCUGCGACGAUAGUGCAGGCUGCUUGGAGAGGAUACGUGGCAAGAAGACGGUUUGUUGAGCAACGCGCGGCUUGUGUUAAAAUUCAAGCUUUCACCAGAGGAGCCAAAGAACGGAGGAGAUUUUUGCGGCUUCAAAGGGCGACUUUGCUAAUUCAGCAAAUCUACGGAGCAACGAUGUUAGGGAGAAGAGAUAGGGCACGAUAUCUUCAGCUGAGGAAAUGUGUGAUUGCGCUACAGUCGUUCUUCAGGGGUAAACGUGAUCGCCGCGUCGUAAGGCAAAUUCGAGCGGCAAUUAAAAUCCAAAGUCACGUGCGCGCAUGGCAAAACCGUGCGAGAUUCGUUUUGCUGAAACGUGCGACUAUCAAGAUACAAGCUCACACUAGGAUGUGUCAAGCACAAAGAAGGUUUGCUGUUAUGAAAAACGCCACGAGAAGACUACAGGCUUACUUCAAAGCGGCUUUCCUUGGACGGCAGCAAAGGCACAAGUAUGAGACUCAAAAGGCUGCUUGUGUCAAGAUCCAAUCUUUUGUCAGAUGUUACUUGCAGAGGAGCGCAUUUUUAAAGAGAAGAGAAGCUGCUGUACUGAUUCAGUCGCUCGUGAGAAAGAAUGUCGCUCAGAGAAGAUACCUCAAGCUUGUAGCAUCCACUGUGACGAUCCAGAGAAAAUUCAGGGCGUUGCUGCGUACAAAAACUGCUCGGCAGAAGUUUAAACAGACCAAACUAUCUAUCGUGAUGAUUCAAUCGCGCUAUAGAGGUUACAGAUGCCGGAAGCACUUAAUGCGGGUCAAACAGGCCACUGUUACCCUUCAAACGCACACACGCCGUUGUCUAUCGAGAAACAAGUUCUUGGCUUUAAAACACGCUUCAAGCGUCAUCCAAACUCGCUAUCGCGCUCUGAUGCAAGGCCGUCACCAGAACAUGGAUUAUCAACGCAUUCGUCUUGCCAUUGUUCGUCUUCAAGCCAUAGUCAGGGGAAACAUUGUCCGCAAACACCUUCUUGUACAGUACACAUCGGCCAUCAUGAUUCAAGCUUCGUUCCGCCAGUAUUCUGCUACGAAAAGAUACCGUCAGAUGAAGCACUCAGCUAUUGUAAUACAGCAGCACUUUCGCUCCGUCUUGCUGACUCGUUCACACGUUUCACAGUACCAGCGGAUACGCUCGUGUGCCAUGCGCAUUCAGGCGCAUUACAGAGGGUAUCGUGCGAGACAGUCCUACAACAUUCUUAAGGCGGCUGUUGUCUUGCAGUCUGCUGUUCGUGGUUGGAAAGUCAGGAAAGAUCUUAAACGUCUGCACUUCGCUGCGGUGCUGAUUCAAACAUCUUACAGAAGCCACGUGGCCAAAACGAAGUACCGAUCUUUAAGGCAGGCUGCUAUGGUUCUACAACUUCACUAUCGUUCCCUCUUACUUGCCCGUCAGGAGCGUUCCAAUUUUAAACACCUGAAGCAAGCAGCCAUAAAGAUUCAAUCUUCUUUUCGUGGUUAUCAAGCAAGAAAACGGGUAGAACGUCUACGGGCUACCAAGAAAAUCCAGGCGACCUAUCGAGGAUACCUCGCCAGAAAAUCCUAUAAUAUUUCCCGCAAGUGCAUCGUUCGCGUUCAAGCGCUAGCUCGUGGGUAUUUGGCGAGAAAACACUUUCACGAUCUCAAGAAAGCCACUAUUAUGCUCCAGAGGCGGUACCGUGCCCGCGUGAUUGGCAUGCGUCAAUACGUGCAUUACCACGUUCAACGCGGGGCGUGCAUCGUUGCACAAGCGGCAGGGCGUAGCUACCUCUGUCGUAAGAGAUACCUAGAAAUGAAGAACGCAGCCAUAGUUCUUCAACAGAGGUACAGAGCUAUGCACGACUCUAGAAGACAACGGGAACGUUUCCUUGCUUUGAGAAGUGCUGCCAUUCGUCUCCAGGCUUGUGUACGUGGUUGGCUCGACAGAAAAUUGGCCAGAAGACUUCGAGCAGUGAGGCUGAUCCAAGCGACGUGUAAGAUGCAAAAGGCAAGGAAGGAGUACCUCGCUAUUAGGAGAGCUAUCGUCAAAGUGCAAGCUCAAACGCGCAUGCUUCAACACCGAAGGAGAUUCACCAAUUUGAAGAAUUCAGCGCUGGUGAUCCAGCGGAGGUUUAGGGCGACAAUACUUUGUAAGCGUGAUCAGCUGGUGUUUCACUUUAUGAGAGGCGCCGUUAUUACAUUACAGAUGGCAGUUAGAGGAUACCUUGUACGAGCGAGACUGCGCAGGAUGCGCAAUGCCGCUGUCAAGAUUCAGGCUUGUGUUCGCGGGUUUCUGGCGUGGAAGCAGUAUGAAGCUACUAAAAGAGCUGUACUUGUCUUACAACUUCGAUGCCGCGCCUGGCUUCUUGGCCGAGCAGUAGCCCGGAACUACAAUGCGCUGAAGUCCUCUACUCUUAUAAUCCAAUCCGCCUUCCGUGGUUACACAUGUCGCUCCAAAUACCUCGCCCAGAAAUCGUCUGCAGUAAUUAUCCAGGCAGCAGCGAGGCGGCAUAUUGCGCGACGAGUCUAUCUGAACCUUCGGGUCGCCGCUUUAGUCAUUCAACAGCGAUUCCGAACUAGGCGAGAGAUGCAAGAGGCGAGACAGAGUUAUCUGGCGCAGAGGAAGGCUUGCAUUAUGUUGCAGACCGAGAUAAGAGCAUGGUGUUGCCGAAGACAGUACAACGCAAUCAGAUCAGCAGCCAUCACCGUCCAACAACACCGCAGAGCUUGCAUCAGGACCCGUGUUCAAAGAACAGAAUUCUUGCGCUUGAAGAACGCCACCAUUGUUUUGCAGUCCUACUGGAAAAUGUCCUUGGCCAGAAGUGAGUACGAAAGAACUAGGAAAGCCGCCAUUCAGAUACAGGCUGUGGCGCGCAUGUGGAAGUUGGUCAUGGCUUACCAUAAGCUGAAGAAAACUGCCUCUGCAUUACAGACGAGAUACAGAGCUAAUACGCUUUGCAAACGACAACGCGAGUGUUACCAGACAAUGCGUAAAAGCGCCACUGUCAUACAGGCGCGCUUCCGUGGUUUCAAAGCAAGACAGCGCGUUCGUGAGAUGUUGGAGGAGAAUCAGAGAAGGCAUGCAGCAGCACUAAAAGUUCAGCGGUAUUACCGUGGAUUUCGGCUCAUGGAGGAAACCUACUUUGCGUAUCACGUGAUCCGCGGUGCCAUCAUUACUUUGCAGUCUGCGUGUCGCAUGUACGCUGCGCAGAAGUUCGUUCGCAAGCUUAGAGCUGUUAUCAGGAUACAGGCGAACUUUCGACGAAAAGUUACGCGGAGAAUGUUCCUUGGUGUAAGAGAAGUCGUGUGCAGAUUACAAGCAACGGUUCGUCGCAAUCAAGUAAGAAAGCGAUUUGUAAGAAAACGAGAAGCAGUUGUUACCAUUCAACAAUGGUACAGAGCUCAAGUGACAAUGAAGAAGAUCAAUGAAGAAUAUCACUGUUUUAGACAUGCCACAAUCCUUAUUCAGUCCCACUUUAGACGUCAUUGUCAGCGACAGGCAUAUCUUCGUGUUAGACAGACCGUAGUGCUGGCUCAGUCCAUGGUACGCAUGCGUCGACAAAGGACGAAAUUUCUUAGAAAACGCUCGGCGGCGGUCGUCAUUCAAGGUCGGUAUCGAGCGUACAUGUUGGGGAAAGCGGUCCGCCAGAGAUGCCAACUGAUGCAAUGGGCAGCAACUAGAAUUCAGAGCUGUUACCGAGGGAGCAAAGCUAGAGGUAAAGUGAAGAAACUAAAGGCUGCCAUACUUAUCCAGACCAACGUUAGAGCAAUGAUACAAAGACGGGCUUACUGCCGUGCGAAACAACUGGUGAUCGUACUGCAAGCAACGGCAAGGGCACGACGGUGUCAGAAGAAUUACCGUGAAUUCAAACACGCUACAAUCCUUCUGCAAAGAAAAGUCCGAGCAAACUUUGCCUCUCGGAAGAUGAGGGAAGAAUUUCUGGCGUCUAAGCACGCAGCUGUUAAGCUUCAAUCAUGUUAUCGCGGCUGGAAGGCUCGCUGUGUUGUUUGUCAAAUCAGAGCGGCGAUUCUGAUCCAGAGAUGGUUCCGAAGCAAUGUAGCAGGAAGAAGAGCUCGCGAGGAAUACCGCAAUCUCAAGGAAGCUGCUAUUAUCUUACAGGCCGCUUACCGCGGGCACUGCGGGCGUGUAAUCGCGAGUGACGUACGUGCUGCGCGCACCAUACAGGCGGCAGUCAGGGGAUUCAUCACCAGGAAAAGGAUUGAACGUCAGAGAGCGGAGCGCCUGGUACACUUAAACAAGUUUGCAUCAGCAGUGCAUCAUCAUUUGAACGUCAUCAGAAUUCAGCGAUAUUACCGCCGAGCACGUGCGAUGGCUUUGGCGAAAGCCCGAAUGGAUGCUGUACUCCUUAUCCAGUAUUGGUGGCGCAGUGUUCUUGAACGUCAGCGGUUUACCAGGCUUCGCUCUGCUGUUAUUGUCUUACAAAGAGCAACGCGAAAGAAACUGGAGACGAAGCACAAAAGAGCAGCUAAGAUCCAGGCCCUUUUCAGGGGAGUCAUGGCUAGGAAGCUCUUGAGAAAACUACAGGAAUCUGCACUACGAAUUCAGGCCUUUUGGCGCGGUUACCGAGUCAGAUGUGAGGUGUUCUCUCUCAAGGUUAAAAGAGCGCGCAAGCGCAUCAAGUCGGCCAAUGCUGCAGCAACUGAACCUAUGAAGCUUUGUAACCGCACCAGAUCUGCUCUGGACUUUCUGUUGCAGUGUAAGAACAUCAGUAGAAUAGUUGGAGCGCUUGUUAAUCUGGAGGUCGUCACUCGUCUAUCAGAGGUGUGUUGUCAACAGGUAGUAAAAGAUGGCGCGCUGCCUGUAAUCUUCAAAGUUAUUAAGAAGUGUAACCGCAGUUUACCGCACUUGGAGGUCAUCAAGUACUCCAUAUCAAUCCUCUUUAACGUUGGAAAGUACCCAUCCGUUUAUCGAGCCGUUUACGAGGAACCGGAUGCCAUCGACACCUUGGUAGAGCUCCUGGCGAAUUUCAGAGACAAAAGUGUUAUCUUCUCCAAGACUUGCUGUCUUCUUGUAUUGUUAUGCCGGGACUCUUCCAUCGCACGUGAAAUUCUCAACAUGAAAAAGAUCGUGGAGGACAUCAAAAGCGUACACAACAUAGCUGAACGAAACCACAGACUGGAAACGAAGCGAAACAUGAUGAAAUCCAAAUCAGACAAUACCAUAAGUCAGUUAGCGCCACCCACGCCAUGCAAGGCCACGCCUUAUAAGGCGAGGAAAUCCAACUCGCUCAAGUGGCAACGACGUUUGGACAUGGUUCAGGAUCCUUUGGAAGCUGUGCGACUGCUCGUGCGAGGACUGGGUCUUGUUGGGCACGACCAGUGAAAAGAAACAUUCUUAUAGCCUUAACGCUCUCUCUGUCGAGAGUUUUGAACUUUUUAUCGACUUUUACAGAUUUUUAGGCAAAUACUUUUAUACCGUUGUACAGUGUGUUUUGUGACAGUUUUCUUUAUGUCGAGGAAAAGGUUGUUCUUCAUAUUCGUAAAUGAUGAACGGUGAGGUAUUUCAUGCCGUGAACAGCGGAAUAACUUGUAAUAAGGUUUACAAAAUUUUUGUUCUAUUCGCUUUAAACGUUUUAGGGACAUAACAAUCUUUAACAAAACGCACACUUAAGUAUAGGCCGCUUCUGCACUCUUCCUUGUCUCAUAUAUUUUAUCGAGGAAAAUAUCUCAAGUUUUACAGACGUUUGUUUGUUAGUUUGAAAUUCGAAAUAGUGAAAAGAACAAUUCGUUACCACGAAUAUAGCGUAAAUAGAACAAGCUUCCCUAAGAAAAGGAAGACGGAAACAUAAUUUCAAGGAUAUUUCUGACAAGUAGUAUUUUGCAUUUAACGUGGUUAGUUACCAUUUAGAGCUUCAAAAGUCGAUUCCACUCACUCGCAUGCUUUGAGUAUUGUUCACAGUUAGUUCUACUUGUCAUGUUUCUGUAAAUACAUGUACAUUGAACAAGAGUAAAUCGACAUCAGCAGGA